AAAUAUGCACCUAAUUUUUUAAGAAAUCAGGGUACAUCAAGGAACGCGCACAAGUUCCAGCCGGCCGAUUGAAAUAAGAGUUUCUACCAAAUAACAAAAACGGUCGCAAUAUUAAAUUAAGUUAUAACGCGAUGACGUCGAUAAUAAAACUGCACACGAUAUCUGGUGCCAUGGAUGAAUCGCCUCCCUGCUAUAUUCUGCAAAUAGAUGAAGUGCGGAUUCUACUCGACUGUGGGUGGGACGAGAAGUUCGAUCCCAAUCUUAUCAAGGAGUUAAAAAGACAUGUACAUACCAUCGACGCAGUGCUUUUGUCACAUCCAGAUGUCUACCAUUUGGGUGCGCUACCCUAUCUCGUUGGAAAACUCAGCAUGAAUUGCCCAAUCUACGCUACGAUCCCAGUGUAUAAAAUGGGACAAAUGUUUAUGUACGACCUUUAUAUGUCGCAUUAUAACAUGUACGAUUUCGAUUUAUUUUCACUAGAUGAUGUGGAUGCAGCAUUCGACAAAAUUAUACAACUUAAAUACAAUCAAACAGUGUCACUAAAAGGCAAAGGCUACGGCAUCACAGUAACUCCACUUCCUGCGGGGCAUAUGAUAGGCGGUACUAUUUGGAAAAUUCUCAAAGUGGGCGAAGAAGAUAUUGUAUAUGCCACAGAUUUCAAUCAUAAAAAAGAACGCCAUCUUAAUGGUUGUGAACUGGAGCGUCUCCAGCGUCCUUCACUUCUAAUCACCGACGCCUACAAUGCACAAUAUCAACAGGCGCGACGUCGUGCACGCGAUGAAAAGCUGAUGACCAAUAUUCUCCAGACGGUACGCAAUAAUGGCAAUGUGCUGAUUGCGGUUGAUACAGCGGGUCGAGUGCUGGAGUUGGCACACAUGCUCGAUCAACUUUGGAAAAACAAGGAGUCUGGUUUGAUGGCAUACUCUCUGGCUAUGUUGAAUAACGUUAGUUACAAUGUGAUCGAAUUUGCUAAAUCCCAAAUUGAAUGGAUGAGCGAUAAGCUAAUGAAGACUUUCGAAGGGGCACGCAACAAUCCAUUUCAAUUCCGUCAUAUGCAGCUAUGUCACAAUUUGGCGGAGCUCUCCAAAAUGCCUAGUCCUAAGGUAGUGCUUGCCAGCACACCAGACUUAGAAUGCGGGUUUACACGUGAAUUGUUUGUGCAGUGGGCGGCAAAUCCCCUUAAUAGUAUUAUAAUGACAUCUAGGACAUCACACGGCACAUUAGCGAUGGAUUUGAUAGAGAAUGCUUCGCCUGGAAGAAAAUUGGAGCUAGACGUUCGCCGCCGCGUCGAGCUGGAGGGUGCUGAAUUAGAAGAAUACCUCCGCACUCAAGGCGAAAAGCUCAACCGCUUAAUUGUCAAGCAGGAUGUGGAAGAGGAAAGCAGCUCUGAUUCUGAUGAUGACAUUGAAAUGAGUGUCAUCACCGGCAAGCAUGACAUCGUUGUGCGACCAGAGGGAAGGCAUCACAGCGGAUUCUUCAAAUCCAACAAAAAACACUAUGCCAUGUUUCCUUUCCACGAAGAAAAAAUAAAAUGUGAUGAAUAUGGUGAAAUAAUUAAUUUGGAAGAUUAUCGCAUUUCGGAUGUAGGUUUUGAAGCAACGAUAGAUGAACACAACAAAGAAAAUAUAAAGAAAGAGGAGCCGAAGGAGAGUAAAGCGAGCACUAAUGGUAAUGUUCAAUUGCUAGAGAAGCCUACAAAAUGUACCAGCCAACGAAAAACUAUUGAAAUCAACGCACAAAUUCAGCGAAUUGAUUUUGAGGGCCGCUCUGAUGGCGAAUCGAUGCUGAAAAUUCUCUCACAACUGCGUCCCAGACGUGUCAUCGUGGUGCAUGGUACAGAGGAUGCCACUAGCGUUGUAGCGAAGCACUGCCAACAAAAUAUAGGCGCUCGUGUUUUUACUCCACAGAAGGGAGAGACUAUUGAUGCCACCACCGAGUCUCACAUCUAUCAGGUCCGCUUAACCGAGGGACUCGUUGCUCAACUACAAUUCCAAAAAGGCAAGGAUGCCGAGGUUGCCUGGGUGGAUGCACGCAUUGGCGUGCGAACGCAAGCUAUUGACACGACCUCACGGAAUGACGUUGAUAAUAUGGACGUGGUAGUUUCCGAGGAUAAGACGCUCACACUCGAAACCUUGGAAACCGAUGAAAUACCGGUGCACAACGCUGUGUUAAUUAACGAACUUAAGCUAUCCGACUUCAAGCAAGUGCUCAUGCGAAACAACAUCAGCUCAGAAUUUUCAGGUGGCGUGCUGUGGUGCGCAAAUGGUACUCUGGCACUGCGGCGCAUGGAUGCGGGCAAAGUAACAAUGGAGGGCUGUCUCUCCGAAGAAUAUUACAAAAUUAGGGAAUUACUGUAUGAUCAAUACGCCAUUGUUUAAUUAUUAAGUUCUAGGUAGUUGGAAAAAAUUAAAAGUUCUUAUUAAAUAACA